AUGUAAGUUUGGUAUUCCCUGUUUCUAAUGGAAUCCUCACUGCCUCUGGCCACAGAUAGCUUUUCAUACAGUUGGCUAUCAUCAGACUUUAAGCUUCCUGUCAAUGGCCUUGAUGAGGAGUCUCUCAGAGCUUCCAUGAACUCCGAAGGUUUAAUAAUGGCAGAACCCCAGAGCUUUAACUUUGACUUUUCACUCGAUCACUUGCCACCUACUGGUUUUGUUCAUGCUGAUGAGCUUUUCUCUGAUGGCUUUAUCAGACCUGUGUAUGGUGAUCCUUCAAAGGUGGAAUAUUGCAAUACUCCUUAUUCCACACAAAGCAUGCCUAGUUCUUUCUUUUAUUCAGGAAUUGUUUCUCCAAGAAGCGUGGGGACUCAUCAUCAUGGGUUCCUCACAAAGUGGAGAAAAUCCACACAGAAAAUCUUGAGAAGCAGCUUUGGGUAUUUUAAGCAAUUAUGCCGGAGAGUGGGGUGCUCAUGGAAAAGUACUAGAGUUGGUGAUUUUGAGAAGACAGAGUGGGAAGUGAAGAGUUGGAGCAUUUCACAGCAAGCAUCUCCAAAAUCAGUUAAAGCUUACUCCAUGGGUGAUUUGUUUGAUUAUGAGAACUCAAUUUAUGAAGCCGUCCUUCACUGCAAAAAAUCAAUAGGAAACUGAUUUCUCAGCAGAUAAAGCAAAGAGAAUAGUAGAAGGGGGAAGAGAGUUUGGUUGUUCUAGAUCUGCACGGACGCUGCUCAAGCAGACCAACUUGAUCUCUCUCUCUCUCUCUCUCUCUCGUGCCUUCUUCACUCAUGGAUUUUACAUAUAUUUUUCUGCUGAGAGAUGUUUUCUUAGAUGUAGCUGCAGUGAGUAUCAUCACAACAAGUUUUAUAGUAGAAGUUGUGAAGACUGGAGAAGCAUAAAAAUUAAUCACUGUCUGCUUUUCUGAUGUAAGAAUAACAAUUUUCCAGCACUUUCCUAGCUCGUCUUCACUCUUAAUUCAUCUAAAGAAGUGAUGGACUUGGUGUUCUCACACAAAUGUUCUGCAACAGAAAAUUGGAGAUCCAGUUAGUGAAUCAUGACAAAAGAAUGAAAGAAACAUAUUUCCAUCAAUA